AUUUGGAUGAUGAUGCAUGAAAUAGAAAUAUAAUUGACCAAGUAAUCAGAGUGUGUUACAUUCCACACCGUGGAGCAGGGAACAGUCACAGUUUCACAACCGUUCCCUCCGCUCCCGCGGUGGUUGCCACUUGUCAGCACCCAUUUCGCCACCUUAUAAAACACCAUUACCAUGCUACCUUCUCUCUUCUUCCACCUGCAACCAUUCUCUCUCUUUCUUCUACAUUCAUUGCUACGUUGUAACAACAAUGACGGACAACACUGACGACAUUGCAGAGGAUAUCUCGUUCCAGAGCUUCGACGAUGACUGCAAAUUGCUUGGCAAUCUUCUCAACGACGUUCUGCAGCGUGAGGUUGGCACCCACUUCGUUGAACAGCUCGAAAAGAUUCGAGUCCUUGCACAGAGUGCAUGUAAUGUGAGACAGGCAGGGAUUGAUGAUAUGGCAGAGCUGUUAGAGAAGCAGUUGGCUUCAGAGUUAUCCAAGAUGACAUUGGAUGAAGCUCUGAUGAUUGCUCGCGCCUUCAGCCAUUAUCUUACUUUGAUGGGUAUAGCUGAAACCCACCAUAGGGUUCGUAAAGGAGGAAAUGUGUCAAUUUUCGCAAAAUCUUGUGACGAUACCUUUAACCUGCUGGUGCAAGGUGGAGUUUCCCCAGAUGAUCUUUAUAACACAGUUUGCAAGCAGGAGGUUGAAAUUGUUCUUACAGCUCAUCCCACACAAAUUAAUCGGCGUACCUUGCAAUUCAAACACAUUAAAAUUGCUCAUCUUUUGGAUUAUAAUGAUCGACCUGAUCUCACCCAUGAAGAUCGAGAAAUGGUGAUUGAAGAUCUGGUGAGAGAGAUAACUUCAAUAUGGCAGACAGAUGAGCUUAGGCGCCAGAAACCUACACCAGUUGAUGAAGCUAGAGCUGGGUUGAAUAUUGUGGAGCAGUCACUCUGGAAAGCUGUUCCUCGUUAUUUACGUCGGGUCAGCAAUGCUUUAAAGAAGCACACGGGAAAACCACUUCCAUUGACUUCCACUCCCAUAAAGUUUGGAUCUUGGAUGGGAGGUGAUCGAGAUGGAAACCCAAAUGUGACAGCAAAGGUCACAAAAGAUGUUUCACUUUUAUCAAGAUGGAUGGCAAUUGAUCUCUAUGUUCGGGAAGUGGAUAGCCUGAGAUUUGAACUAUCCAUGAACCGGUGUUCUGAUGAGUUGUCCAGACUGGCACAUGAAAUUCUAGAAGAAGCUAAUAAUGAGAACCAAUGCGAGCAUUGGAAUCAAUCUGCGAGUAGAAGUCAAUUGAAAAAUCAAAAUCCUUCACUUCCAACUAAACUUCCAUCUAGAGCUCAUUUACCCUCUUUUGCUGAAAAUGGUCAGUCUGAGCAUCCCAGACUCGACAUUCCGGGAUCUGAUCACAAUAAACUCAAUCACAAGGAUGGUAAGUUUUCACGUUCAACUAAGAGCGAUGGUGGAAGUUGCAAAAUUCAUUCAUCGCUAGCAAGUCCAGCUAAUUCCAAUGCUUCUUCACCACCUUCAAUUUCACGCUCUCCUUCUCAACAACUUCUUGCUCAGAGGAAAUUGUAUGCGGAAUCCCAGAUAGGAAGAUCAAGUUUUCAGAAGCUUUUGGAGCCAAAGCUCCCUCAGCGUCCGGGAAUUGCUCCUUACAGAGUUGUCCUUGGGAAUGUAAAAGAUAAGCUUCUGAGAACUCGUAGAUUAUUGGAGAUUCGUCUAGAGGAAGGUCCAUGCGAACACAAUCCUUCUGAUUACUUUGAAACUAAAGAUCAGCUUUUGGAACCUCUGCUCCUCUGUUAUGAAUCUCUGCAAUCAUGUGGAUCCGGGGUGCUAGCUGAUGGUCGACUUGCUGAUCUGAUUAGAAGAGUUGCUAUCUUUGGCAUGGUGUUAAUGAAGCUUGACUUGCGUCAGGAAUCUACCAGACAUGCUGAAACACUGGAUGCAAUUACAAGGUAUUUGGAUAUCGGAACAUACAGUGAAUGGGAUGAAGAAAAGAAACUGGACUUCUUAACUAAAGAACUGAAAGGGAAGAGGCCACUGGUUCCAUAUGGUAUAGAGGUUUCUCCAGAUGUUAAAGAAGUCUUGGACACAUUCCAAAUUGCUGCUGAGCUUGGAAGUGAUUCACUUGGAGCCUAUGUUAUCUCCAUGGCCUCAGAUGCAAGUGAUGUCCUUGCAGUAGAGCUUUUACAGAAGGAUGCACGGCUUGCUGUUAGUGGGGAGUUAGGAAGAGCAUGUCCUGGUGGAACGCUACGGGUGGUUCCUCUAUUUGAAACUGUCAAGGACCUAAGAGCUGCUGGUUCAGUUAUUAGAAAGCUGUUAUCAAUUGAUUGGUAUCGCCAACACAUCAUUAAAAACCACAAUGGGACUCAAGAGGUUAUGGUUGGGUAUUCUGAUUCUGGUAAAGAUGCUGGGCGCUUUACUGCUGCUUGGGAACUUUACAAAGCUCAAGAGGAUGUUGUGGCUGCUUGCAAUGAGUACGGUAUUAAGAUUACCCUGUUCCACGGCCGUGGAGGGAGUAUUGGUCGCGGUGGUGGCCCAACGUAUCUAGCUAUUCAGUCCCAACCACCUGGCUCUGUCAUGGGAACUCUUCGGUCAACUGAGCAGGGGGAGAUGAUACAGGCCAAGUUUGGGUUGCCACAGACUGCUGUAAGACAGCUUGAAAUAUACACAACAGCUGUGCUACUUGCAACCCUUCGUCCACCGCUCCCGCCCCGGGAAGAAAAAUGGCGCAAUGUCAUGGAAGAUAUUUCACAAGUCAGUUGCCAGUGUUACCGCAGUGUAGUCUAUGAAAAUCCAGAAUUCUUGUCCUACUUCCAUGAAGCUACUCCUCAAGCAGAGCUUGGCUUCCUCAACAUUGGUAGCCGCCCCACAAGAAGAAAGAGCUCAUCAGGAAUUGGACACCUUCGUGCCAUACCAUGGAUAUUUGCAUGGACCCAAACCAGAUUUGUUCUUCCAUCCUGGCUUGGAAUUGGAGCAGGUUUGAAAAGUGCCUGUGAGAAAGGACAAACAGAAGAGCUCAGAGCCAUGUACAAAGAAUGGCCUUUCUUUCAAAGCACAAUAGACCUGAUUGAGAUGGUUCUGGGAAAAGCAGAUAGUCCCAUUGCUAAGCACUAUGAUGAUGUUCUCGUGUCAGAGGAGAGAAAGGAACUCGGUCGUCAACUACGGAGCGAGCUUGAAACAACUGGGAAGUUUGUACUUGUUGUUUGUGGGCAGGAGAAACUUCUGCAGAAUAAUAGGACCUUAAGGAGGUUGAUUGAGAAUAGACUUCCUUUCCUCAAUCCCAUGAACAUUUUGCAGGUGGAGAUACUUAAGAGGUUAAGAUGUGAUGAUGACAACCAUAAAGCCAGAGAUGCUUUGCUCAUCACAAUUAAUGGUAUUGCAGCUGGAAUGAAGAACACAGGUUAACUUUUUUAAUCAUUGUAAAAGUUAAAAUGUUCACCUACAGAUUUCCCAUGUUAUUUUAUGACCCUUUCUAUAAGUAGGCAUGCUAAUGAAAGAUUUGCCAGAACC